UCCCACAACCUAAUGUCAAUUGUUUCUCAUCUAAUGUCAACUGAUUUGCUGCUGCUCCUCUUACCUGCCGCCGCCGCCGCCGCCGCGGUAUGUCAUUGCGCCACCGAUCAUAAUCAUCUCAAUUUCUAAAUCCUCACCAAAUUCCAACCCCUCCAUCGUCUGAUCAGAUGGCCACUCCUCCUCCGGCACCGCUCUCCUCUUCCAAAUCCAUCUCCACCGUCGCAACCACUGAGAAAGUCCAGCCGAUUCCAUGGACGCACCAGGAGACCGUCAAUCUUAUCCAGGCUUACCAAGAGAAAUGGUACGCUCUCGAACGAGGUCAGUUGAAGUCCAGCCAGUGGGAGGAAGUCGCUGUCACUGUCGCCGCCCGCUGCGGCUACAGCCACUUCGAUCCUUCGAAAACCUCCGUUCAGUGCCGCCAUAAGAUGGAGAAGCUCCGCCAGCGUUUUCGCUCCGAGAAACACCGUCUCGCCAUCGGCACCCAAUCUUCCUCCCGUUGGCUCUACUUCGAACUUAUGAACAACCUAUUACGCGGUCCGCUACCUAUCUCCGCUCGUCCGAUGUCUUCGAUUCCGUUCGAUAACGACGAAGACCAAACCGCUGAGAAAUCUGAUAACUACAACUCCGAUUACGAGGAAGAGGAGAAGAAUCGCAGUAAAUCGAAGAGCAUUAGCAACAUACUCCGUCGGCCGAUUGCUUUUGAUGGAUCUUCCUCACGAAGGAGAAACAGAAAUUCUAGUGAAGAAGACGAAGACGACGAAGAAGAAGCCGACAUUAGGGUUUCCAGGUUUCCGGAGGAGGAUCUGGCAGGAGAGGCGGCGGUAGCUGAGGAAGGGAAAGAGAUGUGCUCCAAAUUAGCGGCAGAGAUUCGAUUAUUCGCCGAUAGAUUGGUCGGAAUGGAGAGUUUGAAGAUGGAGAUGAUGAAGGAAGCGGAGAUGAACAGAAUUGCGAUGGAAAACAGGCGGAUUGAGAUGAUUUUGGAAUCGGAAAAGAAGAUUGUGAAUUCAAUUGCAAAAGCUUUCGGAUCUCCUCCCCCCAAGAGGCUGAAGAUUGGCCAUGAUCCUUGAAGAUUUUUGCUCCUUGUUCUUCAGAAAAAGGGGAUCCUCUUCUAACUCUUUUUCAGAAUACACCCU